AUUGAUUUGAAGUGAGAGCGACCAAUUCCAAAUAAUAAGAAUCUGAGCAAAGACUAGUAGCCACCACCCACCAGUAAGUACCCUACAAGAAUAGGAGAGCAUCGGAAUCGUUGGGAGGAUUUCGCUAUUCCUUCGAGUUCACGACCCAAACUCGUCAUCAUGUGGAGAAGAAUCGUCUCAUCUCAUCUCAAAACCCUAGCCGCCGCCGCUUCUCCUCGUCGAUCCAUAGCCACCACCGCCGCCAGACCCGUUCGCACCGCCAAUCGAUCGGCCAUUCCCGCUUCUUCUUCAUCCGUUAUCCCUCGCCAUUUCUUCAGCACUGAAUCAGAGACCAUUGUCACGAAGAAGAAGAAGGUGGAGGAUGUAAUGCCCAUUGCUACUGGUCAUGAGAAGGAAGAGCUUGAAGCUGAACUUGAGGGGAAGAGGCUGCUUGACAUUGACUUCCCCGAAGGUCCUUUUGGAACCAAGGAAUCUCCUGCAAUUGUAAAGUCCUACUAUGACAAGCGAAUUGUGGGAUGCCCUGGUGGUGAAGGCGAGGAUGAACACGACGUUGUGUGGUUCUGGCUUGAAAAAGGAAAGUCUUUUGAAUGCCCUGUUUGCACUCAGUACUUUGAGCUGGAAGUGGUUGGUCCUGGUGGGCCUCCUGAUGGUCACGGUGAUGAAGACGACCACCACUGAUUCGGGCCUCUCCCUUGCCGCGAGUUUUGCUUUUUACUAUUUUCACGUUCUUAAAGAUCUUUUUUUAGAUUUUUUAAUGAUUGGAAUAAAAAAUUAUAUAUGCCUGCUGGCGAAAGAGUUGAAAAUGUUUUUGAUCCUUUUAGAACAACACCACUUCGGUACCGGGGAGUUUGUCAAAAUGCCAAAACUCUUACGACCGUUGUUUUACUUUUGUAACAAUUCUUGAAUCAGAAUCAUUCUUGCCUUUUGGUUAUUAUAUAUUCGACUUUUGUUUUUA